AUGAUAACUACUGGUCACCAAGCCCCCUCAAGGCAGGAACCCAACACAAGGCCCAAUACAAGGAUUAACAUAGAGAGACUUCAAUUCACGCCCAUUCCAAUAACAUACGGGGAACUGUAUCAAAAGCUAUUUGAUGCACACAUAGUAUCUCCAUUUUAUCUUGAGCCCAUGCAACCUCCAUAUCACAAAUGGUAUGACAUGAAUGCCCAAUGUGAAUACCAUGAAGGGAUACCAGGGCACUCAAUUGAGAACUGCAUUGGGUUUAAAAAGGCGGUGGAAAGGUUCAUUAAGAUGGGGAUCGUGAAGUUUGACAACCCAUCAGGACCAAACGUAGCAGCGAAUCCGUUACCCAGUCAUUCUGAUAAAGGGGUAAACGCAAUAAUCGAAUGUGGGAGAAAGGGAAUCAAAGCCGACAUUGCAGAGAUAAAAACCCUAUUGAGUUGGGUUUGGAGACAAAUGAUAGAAGGAGGUCUCAUCAAACAAGAUUCAAAGGAAAUGCCCGAAGGAACGAAGACAUACUGCGAGUUUCAUGUUAAAGAGGACCAUGACAUUCAAAUCUGCACUGAAUUCAGGGUCAUGGUACAAAAUCUGAUGAACAACAAAGAGGUGCAAUUUUAUGAAGAGAUCAAAGGACUGGAAGAAGGAGAAGUCUAUGCCUCGGAGGAAGGACCUAUGAAAGAGACCCAAAAUCGCCCAGUAGUGAUUAUUUCAAGGCCAAGAGGCAUAGGAUCUGGCAUACAACUGGCGCCCAGGGUCAUAAUUCAAAACCCUGUAGCCUUUCCUUACAAGGAUAGCAAAAAGGUUCAUUGGAAUUAUGACUGUAAUGUGACGAUCCCGAGAGAGGAGAACCCGAUAAAUGCUUCAGAAGAGGGUAAUGACGUAGGCUUCUAUACGCGCAGUGGAAAACGCUACGACCCGGCGAAUACAAACGGGGAGUCUAUAAAAGGAAAAGCCUUGGCGGUUGAACAGGAUAAAACAAAGACUGCCGGAAUUGAACCGCAUGUUAACAAACCGCAUAGCGAGUAUAGCGUGGUGGAACAACUGCAUAAGCAACCGGCUCGCAUCUCAGUGCUCGAGUUACUUCUAAGUUCAGAGACACAUCGUAAUGCGUUGAUAAAAGUACUAAAUGAGACUUAUGUUGCUAACGAUAUCUCAGUGAAUAAGUUGGAUCGCCUGGUUAACAAUAUAAAUACCGACAACUUCAUCUUCUUCAACGAAUAUGAGAUACCGCCAGGGGGUAUGGGAUCUACCAAGGCCCUGCACAUCACUACCCGUUGCAAGAGAUACACACUACCGGGGGUACUCAUUGACAAUGGAUCAGCAUUGAAUGUCUUACCUCUGUCCACUUUAAACAGGCUGCCUAUGGAUAGCUCUCACAUGAAGUCAUGCCAAAAUAUAGUGAGAGCAUUCGAUGGCACUGAAAGGAAGGUAAUGGGAAGAAUAGAGAUCCCCCUCUUGAUUGGCCCAAAUACAUACGAGGUGGAUUUCCUAGUUAUGGAUAUUAAGCCUUCGUAUAAUUGCCUAUUGGGGAGACCUUGGAUCCAUUCUGCAGGGGCUGUACCAUCGUCACUCCACCAAAAGUUAAAAUUGGUAACAGAGGGCCGAUUAGUAACUAUAGGUGCAGAAGAAGACAUCAUCGUAUCAGUUACCAGUGACGCGCCAUAUAUAGAGGCCGAUAGUGAAAUGAUAGAAUGUUCAUUCUGA